UGGUAUAAAAAUAGUUAUAUUUUUCUUUUAUUUUGUAUUCACGAUUUAAAAAACACGGACCCAAUACCAAGACCCAUUUUUGACUAAAACCUAUAUUUUCUGAUAUUUCAUUACUUGGUCAAAUUUGAACCAAAUGACGUAAAAAUUCUAGAAUAUAUGUAAAAAACUAUACUCUAUCUAAUGAGCCUAUAAAAAUGGGCACUUAGGGUGACAGGACCCCCCCCCCCCCCCCCCCCCUUAAUAAAGAAAAUUUUGUUUGUAAUGUUAAAUACUUAAUUAUUGUUUGAUGCGGUUUUGACUUUGAUACAGUAAGAAAUAAUAUGAUACAAAACUUCUUGAAUUAUUUUCUGCCAUUUGAACUCAUAUUAGGUUCAUAAGGAGAUCUUGGCCGGACUAGAUAAAGUCUAAAAGCAUUUAGGGUGUGGGUGGGUGUCGGUAUUAGUGACCUCUUGACCCACACCCACACCCUUAUUUGCUUUUGCGUGCUCAAUGACAAAUACCGCGUUUUGUUAGAUAUUCAGGAUGUUUUAAUGCACUGAAAAAAUCACGCAAAUAUUCUAGCGAGAGUAUGUCUUCUGGAAAAAAAAAUGUGUUGAAAUAAUUUUUUAAUGGGGUGUAGCAUAUCGUUUAAAGGAGUUGUUCAUAGGGUCUCGUCUGUAAUUAAUUGGCAGAUGAAAAAUGAAGAAAUGAACAAUAAGCACAUUUGAACCGUGGACAGAGAGUCGAUUUAAAAAGUAAGUAAUUCGAAUGAGUAAUGUAGAUUUUGAAGUUAAGAUUUUGUUGAUUAACGAGUGUUUAUUCGGUAUGCAUUAGCGUCAAGUAUAUCCAAUUCGUCGAUGCAUAAUAUUUCCAAAGACGCUAUAAUAACUUUGAAUUAGUUAUGAUUUUUUCAUUCUUGUAUCUUCUUAGUUCUCUAUUUGUUAUUUUUCUCUGGUUUGAAUUGGAUUAUUGUUCAUCAUUAUUAAAAGAUCCGAUGGCGCGAAUAUAUGUGUAUGUCAACUUUUGCCUUUGAUUGUGUUGACUGGUAUAUUCUUAUGAAUUCUACCUGUAUGUAUGUUGACAGAACGCAUAAAAAACAUUAGCUUCUUGUUUUAGAUGAUUCGUACAUGCAAGCUUAUUUGUGUUUACAUUCAUAACUAAAAUUUCACUGUAUUAUUGAAAAAACAUAGAUAAAACUCGACUCGUUGGAUAUAUCAGUGGUCAAUGUAACAAAGAAACUCUAUCGUAAUCAAUAAUACAAAAAUAUCAUUCAUCAUUAUGACAGAUUUGUUGAAGUAAUAAAGAUAGCCAGCGGCAAAAGUUAACUUAAGAUACAUUUGUUCGAAGAUGUACACUGAUUGAAGCUGGACUCGCACUUUUUUCGAUUGAUUCAGAACAAAAAUUAGCAUGUAUAUUAAUUUCGAGGAAAAAAUGAAAAUAUGCAUUUACUAAAUGUCAAUAGAUGCAGUCGUAAAAUACAAUAAAAUCGAUAAAUGUUGACACAUUUGUGUCUUAAAAUAAAAAAGGGAACUUUUUCUGAUGCUCAUUUGACUACUGAAUGAAAAUUAAUUUCAAGUAAAAACAUAAAUACUAAAUACUUAUGUUUUGUACCUUUGAAAAAAUCUAAAAAUCUGACAUUAAGUUCAUUCGAUACAAAAUUUAUUCCUCUGUAGAACUAUUAACUUUGUCUUCCGAAUGAAUUUUUUUUCUUGGCAGGAUAAAUUUUCAUUCAUUAUAGACAACUGCAAUCAAAGUAACUUUGCCUGUAUUUAUCAGCUUAUGUGGCUAUGGCUUUGUAGAAAAAGAAGACCGACACAUAUACCGAUACACUCUUUAGUAUUGUUAGUUUUCUUUUGCGUAGGGCAGCUUCUAGGUGUGGGGUGUGAGUGUGGGUGGGUGUGGGUUGGAUGUGGGUGGGUGUGUGGAUGUGGGUGGGUGUGGGUGUGGAUGUGGGUGGGUGUGGGUGUGGAUACACUUGAUUCAUUAGCACCGACGCCCACAUCCACGCACCCACACCCACACCCUGGUUGAUUCCAUCUAUUCUGAGGGAUUUGUCCGGUUUAUGAGGUAUGUAAUGAAGUAUAUGAAAUAUAGAAUUUUGUAGAGCAGCUUCCGCUCUAUCGAUUGGUAUAAUUUGAUAAUGGGUUCGAUCAAAUUUUCGUGCGGAAAUGUUCAUAAAUAAAAAUGAUCGAAAAAUUAUUGUUUUUGACAAAAAGAUAUUUUGGAUGAAAACUAUUAGGUGGUCGAGGUAAUAGAAGAGAUUGUCCAAAAGUUGUAAAAAUUUGGGUUUCUGAGUAACUUUUUAUGCUCUUUCAAACUAGCAAACUCAUUUCAAAAACUAAAAUUUUUCGGCAACUGGUCCUUAGUAUUUUUGAUGGUGAUUUCAUGGAUCCUCUCUUAAGAUUUUGACUAGAAAAUGUUUUUUUUUCUGCUCGUUUAUCGUUGAUAAAUUGUGAAUAUUUUUAAAUAUUUAAUUGUAAUCGAGAAAGAUAACUUAAUUAACAAAGCUGAUUCUUCAAUAUGAAAAAUAAUUUUUGACAUAGUCAAGUUCUCGAAAUUCUAUAUAAAAUAUUUCUAUAUCAUUUUCAAAUAAUGAGAUAUUAUUUGAUUUAGAUUUGUCGAAUUCUAUAAAUGAUAAUGUACAAUUUAAACAGUUCUUUAUCGAACUUUAUCUUUAACUAAAUAGACAAAUAAAUAAGAGUUAGUUGUUGGUAUCAGACAUCAUUCAUAUUAUUUGUUUAAGUAAACAUUAAAUAAGACGAACUAUUCCUAUGUCGUCAAAAUCACGCAAAAAUCGUCGAUUUUAUCGCGAUUAAUCGACGAUUCUCUAAAUAUGAAAAAAAAUCGUCGAUUAAUCGCGAUUAAUUGGUGAUUUUUGUCCUCAGAUCGCGAUUAAUCGUCAAAAGUAAAGCGAUUUUGAUGACAUGGGUUAUUUUCAAUUUCCUAGUUAAUAAUAAUCUCAUUUCUCUUUCAAAGAAAAUUGAAAUAGAGAUCCGAUUUUCUCUUUAGAAUGAAGAAUCACUUAAAAAACUAAUUGCGUUGUUAAUAAAUGAUCACAUAUCAGUUGUUAUAGAUCAAACAUAAAUAAAUGUAAGAGGGCGUUAUAACAUUUUUUUUUAUCUCUCACAUGAUAAAUAGAUUUCAACAGGAUUCCAUCGAUCAGACCAGUUUUCCUUCUAUUAAUAAUGACAGCAAUAAUUAUUCGCUUAUAUUCUUCAAGUUGAUCACGGUAUCAGUUAGUAGAACAUGUCUAAUAUCUGUUUAUUUGGAUAUCCUAGUCUAUAUAUAUAAGUUGUUGAGUUAUUUUACUAAAGGACUCGUUAUAUUAUUACUAAUAAAAGAUAAAAAAUAAGGAAGAAAAUGCUGAUUGACGAGACUGAUUCAUGAUUGUGAUAAUGCAUCCCUGACGUUCUGGUGUGUUUUGUAGAUAAUUACUUGCUUAAGGAAUGCAUAAGAAAAUAUUCCUCGUUUAUUUUUUUAGAUUUACAAAAAAUAUUCUUUUUUAUUUCAAACAGAAUUUUUUUCCUAAGAAAAACUAAUAAAAUUUGUUUUAGUUUUUUUCUAAUAUUAAAUCAUAAAAAUGCUAAUAAACUGUAUAAAUUGAAAAAAUGCAAUGAUUAUAGUAAUUUUAUCUUGAUUUAGUUAAAAUAUAAUUAAUAUGUGGAUUUUUUUUAAUAGAAGUAUAACACAUGUCAACAUUAAUCGAAUAAAAAUUUAAUCUGAAUAAUAUUUUAAUCGUUGUUGAUUUCAUUUGAAAAAUAAAUUCUUUAUUUACACAAAAGCAUGUCAUCUUAUUUCGGGAACAGUGUGUAAAUAAACAUCAAGAGAAAACGGCGUAAAUAUGUAAUGUUAUUCCACAAAAAUGCCUAUCAUGUGUCUUAUUAACUAUUCUUAUAAAUAGUUAUGAGAGAAUCAAAAAUUCUUAUUAUUAACAAAUGCAAUGUCAUCUUUAAGUCAAAGUACACUUCUAUGAGAUUAUUAGAUAUAUUAUAUUUGGAUUUAUUUUUUGUUUAGAUUCAUCAUCCACAAAUAAGAUCAUCGAGAUUCCUCGAGAUUUAAUCAAAAAUGGAAACAUUUUAUCAAUUGAACAACAUUCUGAAUUAUUUGUAAAUGGUCAUCAUCUAUCACAACCAUCACAUUUUAUUAAACAAAAUCAUGGUUUAUGUCUUAUUGAUAAUCAACAACAAGAUUCUCUAUUAGAUCCAUCGAAUCAUCAUUUAGAUUCAACUAAUGAUCUUGACCAACUGUUCGAAAUAAUUAUUGAAUUUCCUGCUGAAAUCUUGAAUGCUGGAAAAAGUGUUAUAAUUGAAAAGAUCGAUUCAAAUGAAAACGAAAAAUCAUUAGAGUAUUUUGAAGAUCUUUACAAGAUUGAAAAUUUAAAUCAAUGUAUAGAAUCAAUGAAUAUUCAUUUAAAACUUCGAAAAGAAUAUAUGCAAAGAGGAAAAACAAUUAUUAUUCAUAAAGAAAAAAUAUUUAUUAUAAACAACAUUGAUUAUUUCAAAGAAGCAGCACAUCAUAUCACGAAUAAUACAUUUACUAAACGAGAUUAUCUUCAAUUAAAAAAUAUGAUGGAAAUGAUAAUUAAAGUUCCACCUGAAUUUUUUGAUGAUGAUCAAAAGCUUAUUUUUAGGAAAGAAGAUCCUCAAACAGCUUCUGGUAAUUUUCCUUAUUAUCGUCAAUCAAAACAUAAUUUAGAAUUGACAAAUAAAAAGUAUUUAAAAGAGGAACAAAGAGUCGCUUUAAAAGACUUUAUCUUAAACAAAAUUUGGAAUCCAAUUUUAUCAGAUGAUCGUCAUCUACUAAUAUUAUCUCUUGAUUUCAAUAAUAAACCGCAUAUUGUAAAUGGAGAUCAACUCAAAAUAAAUCUAGAUCAACAUAAUUUAAGUGUAGAAACAAAAGACGAACAAGGUUUUAAUAUUUAUCAAGAAAUUAUAUUACCAGAAACAAUAAAAGUCAAACAAUUAAAAUAUCAAUUUGAUGAAGAAAAUCAUCGUCUUAAUAUAAGCCUCUCUCUUCAUUGA